UAAGACUAUUAUUCCCAGAUAGAUACGACAUCGUUUUCAAACACCUUCCAGAUUUGGAAUUAAACUGAAACUCAAUACGCAAGCGCGUCUUCCUUUCCGUCUUUUGUCAAAAAGCAACACAGAACAGAGAUCAAGCUAGACGAUCAUGGCGAACGAAACCGAGCCAGCGAAGUUUCUGUUACCGUACCUACAACGAGCUGAUGAGUUACAAAAACAUGAGCCUCUCGUUGCUUACUAUUGUCGAUUAUAUGCGAUGGAAAAGGGAUUGGGGUUUCCUCCGAACGAGCGGACCAAGACCACCAAUUCUCUCCUUGUCUCUCUCAUGAACCAGCUUGAAAAGGAUAAGAAGUCAUUGAAGCUGGGGCCUGAAGACAAUUUGCAUCUAGAGGGAUUUGCUUUGAAUGUUUUUGCAAAGGCAGACAAGCAAGAUCGUGCUGGUAGAGCAGAUUUGAAUACUGCAAAAACGUUUUAUGCAGCAAGCGUCUUCUUUGAAAUUUUAAAUCAGUUUGGUGCACUUCAGCCUGAUCUUGAGCAGAAACAAAAGUAUGCAGCCUGGAAAGCUGCAGAUAUAAGGAAAGCUUUGAAGGAAGGAAGGAAGCCAAUCCCAGGCCCUCCUGGUGGGAGUGAAGAUCUAUCAACUCCGCCAAUUAUGCCUAGUGGCUCAUAUGAUUUCCAGACACGUGAAACUACAGCUACUGGUCCUACAUCAGAUUCUGGUCCUUCACCUCAGUUCCCUGAUAACCAUUAUUCUGUAAAUGCUCCGCCGCUGCCUCAGUUUCAUAAACAGGAUUUCCAGACACGUGAAACUACAGCUACUGGUCCUACAUCAGAUUCUGGUCCUUCACCUCAGUUCCCUGAUAACCAUUAUUCUAUAAAUGCUCUGCCGCCGCCUCAGUUUCAUGAUAAUGUUAACAACCAGCACUCUGCUGAUAUUCCCCCAUCACCUCCUUCCCGUGAUUUUCAUCCACCUCCUCCAUUGACUAGAUCAGAAAGUUCUACAUAUUCUAACCCAACUGCUGGCUACCCUUCCCAUGAUUAUCAUCCACCACCUCCAGUAAACAGAUCAGACAGUUCUCAAUUUUCGCAGUCUUACCACCAUCAAUCUUACCAACAGGAGCCCCAGCAGCAUUUGUCCCAUAAUUACCCUUCUUAUGAGACUCCAUCUUUCAACUAUCCAAAUUUCCAAUCUUAUCCAAGUUUUACUGAGAGCAGUCUCCCAUCAGUACUAUCCCAUCAUCCUUCUUACUAUCAAAGCUCUGAGACUUCCUACUCUCCCCAUUCGGCUCCUCCCACAACAAGCUACCCCUCAACCUCCCAAUACACUUCAAGCAGCAGAAAUGGUGCUAUCUCAGAACCUGCAGCCCCAGCUGCAGCUGAGAAAUACCAUUAUGACAGCAAUUACCAGCCGCCACCAGAGAAAAUUGCUGAGGCACAUAAGGCAGCAAGAUUUGCAGUUGGAGCUUUAGCAUUUGAUGAUGUAUCUGUAGCUGUGGAACACUUGAAAAAAUCCCUUGAGCUGCUGACAAAUCCAUCAGCUGGUCAUUAAGAUUUGUGUUUUUGACUGGGUCAGAAUCCAGUGAUGUUCUUCUUUUGCUUUCUAGUUUUGCUAUGUGUUUUUAUUUGUAGAAGUCAUUGGACGGUGGACGCAUGCACAGAAGAAUUGUGGUUUACUGUCAUGACACAUUUAUGUAAAUGAAAAUUCUUGAUAUUAUCUUCGUUCCUUUUCCCA